GCUGCGGGUGGGGCCGGAGGUGGCGGGAGGCACGGCUGGUCGCCUUGCACCUGAGAGCCGACGCCUGGGUCUUCGCAGCUGCGACCGCCGCCGUUCCUGCCGCCAUGAACCGCUUCAGGGUGUCCAAGUUCCGACACACGGAGGCCCGGCCGCCCCGCCGCGAGGCCUGGAUCAGUGACAUUCGAGCAGGAACCGCCCCCUCUUGUGGGAACCAUAUCAAAUCCAGCUGCAGCUUGAUCGCCUUCAACUCUGACCGUCCAGGUGUAUUGGGCAUCGUGCCUCUGGAAGGCCAGGGAGAGGACAAGAGACACGUGACCCACCUGGGCUGCCAUUCAGACCUGGUCAUGGACCUGGACUUCUCUCCCUUUGAUGACUUCCUCCUGGCCACAGGCUCAGCCGACAGGACGGUGAAACUGUGGCGGCUGCCAGCCCCUGGCCAGGCGCUGCCCUCAGGGCCUGGGCUGGUACUGGGCCCUGAGGACGUCCAGGUGGAGGUGCUUCAGUUCCACCCCACCGUGGAUGGCGUCCUGGUGAGCGCGGCGGGCACGGCUGUGAAGGUCUGGGAUGUCGCCAAGCAGCAGCCCCUCACAGAGCUGGCAGCCCAUGGGGACCUGGUGCAGGGUGCUGCCUGGAGCCGGGACGGAGCCCUGGUGGGCACGACAUGCAAGGACAAGCAGCUGCGGAUCUUUGACCCCAGAGUGAAGCCCGAGGUCUCCCAGAGCACACAGGCCCACGAGAGCAAUAGGGAUGGCCGGCUGGCAUGGACAGGCACCCAGGAGCACCUUGUGUCCACCGGCUUCAAUCAGAUGCGUGAGCGUGAAGUGAAGCUUUGGGACACCCGGCACUUCUCCAGCGCCCUCACCUCCCUUACCUUGGACACCUCACCCGGGUCUCUGAUGCCCCUGCUGGACCCAGACUCCGGGCUCCUGGUCCUGGCAGGAAAGGGUGAGAGUCAGCUGUCCUGCUACGAGGUGGCCCCACAGCAGCCAGCACUGAGCCCUGUGACCCAGUGCCUCCUGGAGAGUGCGCUGAGGGGGGCGGCACUCGUGCCCCGGCGGGCGCUGGCCGUCAUGGGCUGCGAGGUGCUCCGUGUCCUGCAGCUGAGUGACACGGCCAUCAUGCCCAUCAGCUAUCACGUGCCCCGCAAGACUGUAGAGUUCCAUCAGGACCUGUUCCCAGACACUGCAGGCUGUGUGCCUGCCUCCGACCCCCACGCCUGGUGGGCUGGGAGCAACCAGCAGGUGCAGAGGGUCAGCCUCCACCCAGCCCGCCGGCCCCGCUCCAGCUUCACUUCCCGCCUGGUGCACCCUGCCGAGCCCCCCGCUGAGGUGGCCAGGCCUGCGGAGACGCCUGUGGGCGACAUGGACCCCAGUGAGGGCUUCUCCUCCCCUCCCAGCUCACUGACCUCGCCCUCCACGCCCUCCAGCCUGGGGCCCUCGCUCUCCAGCACCAGCGGCAUCGGCACCAGCCCUAGCCAGAGGUCACUGCAGAGCCUGCUGGGCCCCAGUUCCAAGUUCCGCCAUGCUCAGGGCACCGUCCUGCACCGAGACAGCCACAUCACCAACCUCAAGGGGCUCAACCUCACCACACCCGGCGAGAGCGACGGCUUCUGUGCCAACCAGCUGCGUGUGGCCGUGCCCCUGCUGAGUAGCGGUGGGCAGGUGGCUGUGCUUGAGCUGCGGAAGCCUGGCCGCCUGCCUGACACAGCACUGCCCACGCUGCAGAAUGGGGCAGCCGUGACCGAUCUGGCCUGGGACCCCUUUGACCCCCACCGCCUUGCUGUGGCUGGGGAAGACGCCAGGAUCCGACUGUGGCGGGUGCCCCCCGAGGGCCUGGAGAAGGUGCUCACCACUCCUGAGGCUGUGCUCACAGGCCACACAGAAAAGAUCUACUCUCUGCGCUUCCACCCGCUGGCAGCCAACAUACUGGCCUCCUCUUCCUAUGACCUUACCAUCCGGAUCUGGGACCUUCAAGCUGGAGCUGAGCGGCUGAGGCUGCAGGGCCACCAGGACCAGAUCUUUGGCCUGGCCUGGAGUCCUGACGGGCAGCAGCUGGCCACUGUCUGCAAGGACGGGCGCUUGCGGGUCUACAAGCCCCGGAGUGGCGCUGAUCCACUACAGGAAGGCCCAGGGCCCGAGGGGGCCCGUGGAGCCCGCAUUGUCUGGGUGUGUGAUGGUCUCUGUCUGCUGGUGUCUGGCUUUGACAGCCGAAGUGAGCGCCAGCUACUCCUGUACUCGGCCCAGGCCCUGGCCGGUGGCCCCUUGGCAAUACUGGGGCUGGACGUGGCUCCCUCGACCCUGCUGCCCAGCUACGACCCAGACACUGGCCUGGUGCUACUCACGGGCAAGGGUGACACCCGUGUGUUCCUGUACGAGCUGCUCCCCGAGGCCCCUUUCUUCCUGGAGUGCAACAGCUUCACGUCCCCUGACCCCCACAAGGGCUUUGUCCUCCUGCCCAAGUCCGAGUGUGACGUGCGGGAAGUGGAGUUUGCCCGAUGCCUGCGGCUUCGCCAGACAUCCCUGGAGCCCGUCGCCUUCCGGCUGCCCCGAGUCAGGAAAGAGUUCUUCCAGGAUGACGUGUUCCCAGACACAGCCAUCACCUGGGAGCCGGUACUCAGUGCCAAGGCCUGGCUGGAAGGCGCUAACGGGCAGCCCCGGCUUCUCAGCCUGCAGCCCCCUGGCAUGACCCCAGUGAGCCAGGCCCCCCGUGAAGCCCCUGCCCGGCGGGCCCCAUCCUCAGCGCUCUACCUGGAAGAGAAGUCGGACCAGCAAAAGAAGGAAGAGCUGCUGAAUGCCAUGGUGGCGAAAUUGGGGAACCGGGAGGACCCACUCCCCCAGGAUUCCUUCGAAGGUGUGGACGAGGACGAGUGGGACUAGCCUGCCCACCAGCCACCUCUGGCCUCACCUGCUGCCGCCACCUCCUAAAACCACCUUGUGCCCCCUGCACACCUCACAUCUCACCCUCAAACUGGAAGACACCCCUUGGCUCUGGCACACCUCAUCCCAGAAGCUCUGGCUUCCUUUGGGCCCUGGGCACUUCCAUGGCCUCUGGGCCCCGCUGCAACUCUGGUGGAUUGUCUGCACCUUUGUUUUCUCUGGGACCAGCUGCUUCUCCUCAGCUGCCUGCUAGCAUGUGGAGCCAGGGGGGUGGGGGUCGGGGGUCAGUAGCAUGUCCCUGGGCAGGCCCUGGGCUCCCUGUCUUCCCUACUCUGACCUGGGCUGGUCCCAGCCUGGGCUGGCUUCACCCAGCACCUUCAGUAUUAUAUGCCACCCCAUCUUGCCUGCUGCCCUAGUUCUUGUCAAGGGCCUUGGGGGCCGGCCCCCCGCCAGGCCAUUUGGAGCAGCACCAGCCUCAGGGGCCUGGGACCAGUCGCCCUGCUCCCCAGGCUUGAAGCCAGGAAAAGGGGCAUCACAGAGCUGAGGGCCCAGUUAAGGGGGUGAGAGCCCUGCAGAGACGGGCCUGCACAGACUCUGGAUCUUUUCAUCAAUUAAACUCUUCUAA